AAAGAGAGAGCAUUGCACUCACACCAAGCACCACUCACUCAGUACUGGUCCUCUCCUCGCAUCGCCUCUCCUCUUCCCAUCUCUCCCCCUCUCCUCAAAUCAAAAGCAGAACAGAUGCUGGAAAAGCAGCACAUCUGUCCGGUCGCCCUGCAACAAUAGAUCGCAUCGAGCUGGAGUCGAGGCUGGUCAUGUCAGCGCGCGAGAGCUGCUAGAGAUCCGCUGUGUUUUCUGGCUUCGCCUUUCACAACGGCUGCCGAGGGAGGACCGCGCGUCUGUCUGGGUUCUCCAACGAGAGGAGAAGAUGGCCGCCAUUAAGAUUUUAACCAGCGCGGGGCUUUUCUUGGCGUUUUGCGCUCUGGUCUUGUUGGCUAUGGCCAUCUGCACCGAUUUCUGGUACGAGACGGAUGCUCGGCGGCAUCGCGAGCGCUGUAAGAACUACGCAAACAAGCGUAACGAUCCCGGAUACAUUUACAUCUCAAAUCACAACUUGCCUCUCCAGAUGCCUCCAAAGGGCUAUGAGAGGAAAGCGACGGAGGCGCGCGUGAAGCGGCACGCUCCGGCUUCGGCGACGGCCAUGGAGUCUCACUGUAGCCGCCAGUUCAAUUCCACGAUCUCCGGUCUGUGGAGAAAGUGCCACCGCGAGGGCUUUGACCUGGAGACCGAGGAUCUCAUUUACAAAGGGUUGAUUCAGAGAUGCACCCCUGUGAAGUAUCAUUACACCUCUUCAAUCCUGCCUCGAAACCUUCCUGUCAACAUCACCAAGACCAUCCGGCAAGAUGAGUGGCAUGCCCUGCAUCUGCGGAGGAUGACAGCAGGUUUUGUGGGCAUGGCUGUCUCUAUCAUCCUUUUUGGCUGGAUCAUCGGAGUUCUUGGAUGCUGUCAACAACAUGAUCUCAUGCAGUAUGUAGCUGGACUACUCUUCCUCAUGGGCGGAACCUGCUGUAUUAUCUCCCUUUGCACGUGUGUGGCGGGCAUUAACUUCGAGUUGUCGCGUUACCCACGUUACCUGUAUGGCCUUCCGGAGGACAUCAGUCAUGGGUAUGGCUGGUCCAUGUUCUGUGCCUGGGGCGGACUGGGUCUCACCCUGCUGGCCGGUUUCUUAUGCACGCUGGCCCCUUCUUUAAGCAGCCCUUUGGCCCGCACCACAGUCCACAAAUCCAGGCACGAAAAUGGGACUGUGUGAUCAGAGACUUCUGGAGCAACACUGCAGCAACAUUUUCACAACAUGUAUACAGCGUCUACGUAAGGACAAAGCAUCUGGCUUAUUCAUCAUCAUGCAGUAUAUUGACUGGAUCAUUUCUCUUUCCAUGUUCCUAUGACUCCAGUGGCUCUCGGGCUCUUGUUGAUCACCGUUGUCAACACAACUUGUGUACACCGUCCAUUUGUUUAAAAGGUUGAAGUCUGUAAAUGGCCUGAACACUGCUGAUAAAGUCAAAUGGAGACACAAGCACAGACCACCGAGCAUCUUCCACCAUCUCACAUGUUUCACUCUGGUUCUUUGUGGCACAAAAAAAAAAAAAAAAACACAA